GUAUAGACGUCGCUGCAAUAACGUGCAGAAAGUGGAUGUUUGUGUUCUUGCUGUGCCUAAAGUUUUCUUUGUCUUUUGUGACGAAGUAGGUGAUUUAAGUUUAAGAGUUAAAAACUUAGUUUGGUGGUGUCUUUUUAUUUUUCUUUCGAAGUUAAGUGCACAGUACAGUGUUUUGUUCAUUAUUCACUUGAAAAGUGUGCUUGAACUUAUGCUUACUUCAGAUGAAAGUUGUGCUAAGCCUAACGUACAGCUUAAUAGUAAUACAUGUACAAGUUAGUCUUAAUCAAAGUUUAUGGCUAAGUAUAGUAAACUAGCGGUUUUGAAUUAAUCGAGUUUUGAAUAAUCGGGACUGUCAGUGCAACUGUUAGUGUUUCUAAACGUGGCCAAACAUGAAAGCCGAUAUAUAACAUUAAAGUCAGUAUCUUUAAUAUCAGUUAUGGAUCAGGAUGAUGAAAGAAAUAAUGAAGUAGAUAGCAUUGAUGAAAAACCUUCUAGUGAAAAGGGUAGUGUGGAUGGAAUGGAAGAUGUGAGUGAUGAAGAAAGCAAUUCUGAGUCUGAUUCAGGAGGUGAAGCAUCCUCAAGUGGGGAUGAUGACAACAAACAGUCAAGAAGUGAUGAAAGUGAAGAAUCUGAUGGUUCUGACACAUCUCGUGAAAGACGAAACAGAAAACAAAGAAGUAUACCUUUUAAGUUUGAGAGUUCACAAGAAAACACCAAAGAUAAAUUUAUUCAGAAACGUAAUUCUAAAGACUAUAAGUCUGUGGAAGAAAUUAGUACAACAGUUGACAAUGAAACUCUUGAGAAUAUUAAAGAUUGUGAAAAUUCUUUCUCUGAGAAUUCAUCUCAGAAUGAAAAUGAUGAGAGUGUUCUAAAUUAUGCUAAAGAAACAAAGGAUUUAGAUGAAAGUAUUGUAAAAAUCAAAUCAAGAACAAGAAAAGAUGAAAAUAAUAAGGCUAAUUUAUCAGAUGUACAUGUACAUGCUCCUGAUGGAGAAUUAGACUUUGAAGAAGAGGUGCAUGAAGAUGAACAAGAAGUAGAUGAAGUAAUCAAUAAAGAAAUUGAAGUUGAAAAAAAAGAAACAAAAGAAACUGGAGAGAAGAGUGAAGAAGGUGAAGCAGAUGAUGAUGAUGGAGAGGUUUCAGAUGAUGAUGACUUGGAAGAAGGUGAAGUGAAAGAAGGUAGUGGAGGCAGAAAAGCUCAGCCUCGUCCAGUGUGUAGGUUCUUUAAUAAAGGCCAGUGUACUUGGGGAACAUCAUGUAGGUUCAUUCAUCCAGGGAUUAAUGACAAGGGAAAUUACAACAUGUUUGCGGGUCCAAAACCUGUUCCAUUGGGUCCUGGUAAUAUAAUGAUGGCAGGUGGUGGCCCUCCCCCUCCACCAAUGAUGGGUCCUGGUCCUGGACUUGGACCUGGACCUAUAGGACCACCUCGAAUGGGUAUGAUGCCAGGGCCUGGUGGUCCAGAACUACCUCCUCUUCCACCACCACCACUGCCACCACCUUUUAUGGAAGAGCUUCCUCCAGUGGAAUCUGCAUGGGAAAGGGGUUUGCGACAUGCCAAAGAAUUGAUGAAGAAAGCUAAUCGCAGGAAAGAACAGGAACCAGAUUUUGAGGAGAAGAGGUUGAAUCUCUCACUUGAUGUAAAUGAUAGAUUUCCAGACUAUGACAAAGAAAAUGAUGUUUAUGGAAGAAGUCCUCCUAGAAAGCAUGGAGGUGAAAUGGUGUAUUAUGGAGGAUAUGGCAAUGGCCCAGAAAAUUUUGAACUAAUGGAAAGAGAAGCACGAGACUUUUGGCGAGGACGUUAUGAAAAUUUUGAAGUGCGUUGGUCAAGGCCAGAGUUUGAAUAUAGGGAUCCUAGAGAAAAAGACAGGUCCAAGAACUACAGACGGUCAUUUGAGAGAGAGAAGCCUAUUCGUAUGAGCCCAGAAAGAGAGAGAUGGAGAGAUGAUCGACAUGUUGAAGCUUCUGUACCAAGAACAAGAGGAGAUGAGUGGAGAGAUCCGUGGAGAAGGUCAAAAUCACCAAAAGGAAGGAGAAGCCACUCUCGAGGUAGAUCUCGUCGUUCUUAUUCCUCAGGGUCAUCACGUUCUCGUUCUUCAAGGUCCUCACGGUCAUCAUCCUACAGCUAUUCUCGUAGUUCUUCCAAAAGUUCUGUCUAUAGUUCUGGUAGAAGGAGCCCCCGGCAACAUUCAUUUUCUAAGUCACGAUCACGUUCCAGAUCACCUUACUCCUCUUCUCCUCCAAAAUCUAGACCUGUAUUUAGAUCAGGACCAAAGAGAAGAUCUCCACCUCUGCGUCCUCCAGUCAAACAACAAUAUAGACCACGACCCUCACCUACUUAUGAAAGAAAGAAGCCAGUUUCACAGCCUCAGAAUUCUGUGCCGCAGCCACCUCAAUUAAAAGAGGGACACUUUAAACAAAAGUCAGAUUUACCAAGGCCCACUAGGAGAACAAAGAGUAGGAGUUUUAGUGGGACUAGCCUUUCCAGGUCUCGUUCAGUUAGCAGGUAAGACAGCCAAUGAUAAAU